UGGUGUCCAUGGUAACGUCAGUCCCAAACACAAACAAUAAUGAUAAAUUAUUAAUUUUUCCCCAAUUUCCGGUGAUUUGAAAUGUCCAGUGAUAAGAUAAUCUUCAGGCACGAAGAUCCCCAUGGUCAGGGAGAUCUCUACUUUGUCUGGCAGAGUGGAGGUUCUGGAGUUCUUCUAGCUACAACAGGCAGCGAUGGUACUAUUGGUGUGUUCAAUCGUCAGGGACAGAUGCAGCAUCGUAUUGUCCUACAGGGUCUCUGCUGUGGCUUUGGAUGGGAUGCCGAUGGGGAUAUUCUCGGGGCAAUCUGCCUGGGAACGUCGCAACUGCUACUGUGGGAUGCAAACACCCAGAAGAAGCAACUGAUUGACAUUGGAUUGCGUGAUACACCAACAUGCAUCAUGUGGGCUAAGCAGGGGCAGGUUGUUGCCGUUGGUACGACUCGGGGGAAUCUCGCAAUCUACAACAAUCAAACCACACGACGUAUCCCAGUCCUGGGGAAGCAUGCAAAGCGCAUUUCCUGCGGUGUGUGGUCAAAAGAGAACAUCCUGGCCCUUGGGAGUGACGACAAGACUCUCUCGCUGAGCAAUGAUGAGGGGGAUUCCCUGCGUGUCGUGCAGUUGCGGGAUCUGCCCAGUGAUAUGCAUUUUGCGGAAAUGAAAACAGAUGAACGUGUUCCGGGGGAGAAUACAAUCAGCGUCAUCCUGGGCAAGAGAACGCUCUACCUGUAUCAUCUCCCAGAACCCGAUUCACCCACAGAAUUGGGCUUCCAGCAGCGCUAUGGGUCGUUGUUGCAGCAUAAAUGGUUCGGAGAUGGGUACAUUUUGCUUGGGUUCUCACUCGGGCACGUUGUGGCCAUUUCCACGCAUCCCCGGGAAGUUGGGCAGGAGUUGUGGCAAGUUAAGAAUCAUCGGGAUGCCCUGACGGGUCUUGCUGUGAGUGCCACACUGCGUAUGGUGGCUUCGUGUGGGGAUAAUAGCAUCAAAGUUCACGCCAUGGGGAAUUUGCAGGAAACAGCCAAGAUUCUCACGUUGCCUGACCACACGGCUGCCAGGGGGAUUGAUUGGAGUGCCGAUGGGCAACUUAUGGCCGUUGCCACGGCCCAGGGGGGAUUGUGUGUCUUUGUCACGCAACUGCACCACCUCAGUGCAGUGUGUGCACCACGUGUUGCCCUCCUCAGCAGCUUGGCGGAAGUGACAAUCUUCAGCUGCAGCCCCGACCGGAAUCGCUCCGCUCCGGCUGUUGUGACACUCGAAGUGGAACCAUCUUUUAUUGGGCUCGGUCCGCAGCAUUUGGUCUGUGGGAUGAAUAAUCACGUGUGGUUCUACGAUCUCGGCAGAUCUCUGCGCGAUGGGGCUCUCCUGCUGGGUGAUCGGGAGUACAUGGCUGAGGUGAAGGAGGUGCGUCUCACGGCGGAAUUCUGUGCUGUCCUCUGUGGGCGUCAUGCUCUCCUGCAUCCCAUCGAGAGUACCCCGAGUGAGGGAACAGAACGCCGGGAUCCACGACAAUUCCCUGAUGACAUCACAGGGAUGCAGGAUGCCGUAAUAACGAGUAUUUCCCUCACUGGGGACUUCUUUGCCUUUGCCACGGAUUUGGGGGCAAUCGUGCACUUCUCCCUGGAGCAAUGGGGGCGCUCUGUGACGCAUCGGCAUGCAGUUGGUAUCCGGAAUCUCUAUGCUGAUUGCGAUGGGACACGCGUUGUUGUUGUCGAUGAUCACGAUGUGGGCUUUUUGUACUCCCCCGUCACAGAGGAGAUGCUGCAAAUUCCGGAUUUCCCCAAGAAAUGCACCACAGUCCUCUGGGAUUCGCUGCAGGCGCAAGUUUUCGUGGCAUGUGGCAAUAAGUUGGCCACAACGUACGUCCACGUGCGGCAUUCCGUGGCGAAAUCUCACGUUAUCAGAGUCGGGGAAACGCGCCUUCUUGCCGAUCAGACACCCCUCCUCCUCUUUGACGGAGAACUGAAUCUCGGGGUAGCUGGUGGGGGUUUAACAACAAUCACCCUGAAUACCCAUCGUGUAGCUCCGGAUGCGGCGGAUCGUCUUGGGAAUGUGCUGCGUUUGAGGAAAUUCCCAGCAGCAUGGGAUAUUUGCACGGAGCUCAAUGAUCGUGAUCAAUGGCUAAAGUUGGCAAAAGCCGCCCUAGCUGAUCUGGAGGUUGCCUUUGCAAUUCGUGUCUUCAGGCGCAUUUCCUGCCCAGCAAUGGUAUUCGCCCUUGAGGAGCUGCUCGGCAUUGAGGAUCGUAGCUUCCUCGCAGGGCGCUGUGCUCAACUUCUGGACAUGGCGGAUGAGGCAAAGAGACACUUUGCCCGGAGUGUAGCACCGCGGGAAGCUCUUGAGCUCUGCAGGGAUCUCCUGCAGUGGGAGGAAGCAAUGGCCCUGGCGGAAAAUAUCGACGCGGAGGCUGUUCCGGCAAUUGCGCGGGAGUAUGCGGGACAAUUGGAAUUUGGGGGGUCUCAUGGGGAAGCUCUGGCGCACUAUGAGAGAGCAAUGCAGGGCGGUGGUCACACGCAGGAGCACAUCAAUCUCUGUAAGGCAGGAAUUGCGAGGACUUCGAUAAAGAAUAGAGAUUUCCGGAGGGGAAUACAGCUGGCGCUGGAAUUGGAUGAGAAGCACCUCCUGAAUGAUUGUGCUGAAUCUCUGAGUGCCCUGGGGCAGAUUUCCGAUGCAGCGAUGCUCUUCGAGAGAGCCGGGAACUGGGACAGCUGCUGUGGGCUGUACAUCCAACUGAAGAAUUGGGUGAAAGUUGAUGAGCUUCUGCACCGCGUGACAAGCCUAAAACUCCACGCUGCCUAUGCCAAAGCUCGUGAGGCUGAUGGGAAAUUCCAGGAUGCCAUCCGUGGGUACACAGCCGCCGGAGAUUUGGAUAGUGUGGUGAGAAUCUACUUAGAUCAGCUCAGUGAUCCCCAUUCAGCCUCGGAGAUUGUUCUGGAAACACGAUCAGCUGAAGCAGCUAAGAUGCUGGCACGAUUCUAUCAGCAAAUUGGUGAUACGGAGUCGGCAAUUCAGUACCUAAUCAUGUGUGGAUCAGUACAGGAAGCCUACACCCUGGCGGAGAGGCGGAAUAAAGUCCGGGAGUUCGGGGAACUUCUCGAGCAAUACGAUGGGGCACGUUCGGAGGAUUUUUUGGUUCUUGCCCAACACUUUGAGGCUGAGAAGUACACGCUCUUGAGUGGAAAGUACUACUUCCUGGCCAAAAUGUACUCCAAAGCCCUUAAGCAUCUCCUCAAGGCAUCAGCUUUCAGCAAUGAUGAGAAUAUUGCCCUCUCAUUGGCAAUUGAUUGUGUUGCUUCGGCGAAUGAUGAUCAACUCACGGGGCAACUGAUUGAAUUUCUCCUGGGUGAGAUGGAUGGUGUGCCCAAGGAUCCAAAGCUCCUCUUCCGCCUCUACAUGGCCAAGAAGGAAUUCCGCGAAGCCGCCAAAGCAGCUGUAAUCAUUGCCAAUCAAGAGCAACUCGCCGGGAAGUACAGAAGUGCCCACAAUCUCCUCUUCUCCAUGUACCAGGAACUCCGGAGGAAUAAUCUCAGUAUUAUGGCUGAUAUGCGGAGUAGCCUGGUACUCCUCCAUCGGUACAUCCUUGUGAGGAUUCACAUUCAGCUUGGGGAUCAUCUGCAGGCGGCUAAACUUUUAGUUCAAGUUGCCACCAACAUUUCACAAUUCCCCACACACGUCGUCCCAAUCCUAACAUCCAGCGUAAUUGAAUGCCAUCGUGCUGGAUUAAGGGCAUCCGCCUUCACAUUCGCCUCAACUCUCAUGCGUCCGGAGUAUCGGACGCAGAUCGAUGAGAAGUACUCCCGGAAGGUGGAGGGAAUUGUGCGGAAGGCUCCGCGUGGUAUAAAGGAGCUCUCCGAUGAAGCUACCCUGGAGAUGACACCCUGUGCUGCCUGUGGCGUUCAACUACUCUCAAUGGAAACCACCUGCCACCAAUGCAAGACAACUCUACCCAUUUGCAUUGCAACUGGGCAGCAUCUUGUGGCUGAUGGCAUUGCUGCUUGUCCCGAAUGUGACUUUCCCGGUAUCAAGGAUGCCAUGAUAAGGGUCUUUGAUGCAACAAAUUCUUGCCCAAUGUGUGGUGAAUCCGUGGAUUCCAAUAGAUUGAAAGACAUUGAGGAUAUUUCUGUAUAUUUAUCCAAUUAAAUGUGGCCUUAUAGAGGAAGUUAAGUAAAACUUACGGGCUAAAAAAAUAGAAUUAGUACUCUGCGUUGAUACCACUGCUU